AUUAGUUAAAAUAUAUUUUCAAGAGGAGUGUAAAAAACCAAGAAAAAUAUGACAGGGCAGAAGUAGAAAGCUUGGUAUUCAAAGGGUGAAUAAUGUGGUUUCUUAGUAAAAAAGGUCCUUCUGGAUUCUCCCCAAACUCAACUGCUGAGGAAGUAACCCAAGGAAUUGAUGGCUCUGCUCUUACUGCCAUUGUUACAGGAGCAUCAAGUGGAAUUGGUGCGGAAACUGCACGUGUUCUUGCAUUGCGAGGUGUGCAUGUAAUUAUGGGGGUCAGGAAUAUCUCUGCUGGAGAACAGGUUAAAGAGACGAUAAUUAAAGAUGUCCCACAAGCUAAAAUUGAUGCCUUGGAGUUGGAUCUCAGUUCACUUGUAUCUGUGAGGAAUUUCGCAUCAAAUUACAAUUCUUUAGGCCUUCCUCUAAACCUGCUUAUUAACAAUGCAGGAAUCAUGGCAACCCCAUUCACACUUUCGAAGGAUAAGAUUGAGCUGCAAUUUGCAACAAACCAUGUUGGCCACUUCCUUUUGACAAAUUUAUUGCUCGACACCAUGAAAAAAACAGCUCGUGAGAGUAGAAAAGAAGGGAGGAUUGUUAAUGUCUCCUCACGUCGCCACAAAUUUUCUUACAACGAAGGGAUUCGGUUUGACAAGAUUAAUGAUCAAUCAGGGUAUAAUGGACUGUCUGCAUAUGGUCAGUCAAAGCUUGCGAAUGUGCUGCAUGCCAAUGAACUUGCUAGACAUCUAAAGGAUGAGGGCGUGGAGAUUACAGCUAAUUCGCUUCAUCCAGGAGCCAUUGCCACCAACCUUUUCCGUCAGCACAGCAUUAUCAGUGGCAUUGUGGAUGUCAUUGGCAAGCAUGUGAUGAAAAAUGUUGAGCAGGGAGCUGCAACAACAUGUUAUGUGGCUUUGCAUCCUGAUGUUAAAGGUGUAAGUGGCAAAUAUUAUGCAGACUGCAACAUAGCUGAGGCAAGCCCCCAAGCUAACGAUGCUGGAUUGGCAAAAAGAUUGUGGGAUUUUACCACGAGUUUAGUUCACUAACAUAACAUGCAAUUUUAAAUCUUGCUUUCGUUUAAAGAGGAUUUGCACAUUGCUGUGCUGUGUAUCUUGUGGUUUGUAAAGCAUUACAACACUGGGAAUCUCAAACCAGGAGGCCUUUGGCUCAUUC